GUCACGUGGUAUAAUGAUUACAUUUUUCGUAGAGCACCUGUGGAACCCCUUCUUUUUCUUGUUUCUGCAGCCCUGCAACAAGGAUACUUGAACCGGAAAGACUUUUGUUUUAGAUUGCAUCACAGUUAGGUCCUGGAAAUAUGGAGAAAAUAAAAGCUGGUCCAGUUGUUGAGAUGCAAGGAGAUGAAAUGACAAGGAUUAUUUGGGACAUGAUAAAAGAGAAGCUAAUUUUUCCGUAUUGUGACAUUGAUAUCAAAUUCUUUGACCUUGGCGUAGAGAACAGAGAUAAGACAGAUGACCAAGUAACCAUUGAUGCUGCAGAAGCCAUUAAGAAAUACAAUGUUGGUAUCAAAUGUGCCACUAUCACACCGGACGAGAAAAGAGUCACAGAAUUUAAUUUGAAGAAGAUGUGGAAAUCUCCAAAUGGAACUAUCAGAAACAUUUUAGGAGGGACUGUUUUUAGAGAGGCCAUUAUUUGUCAAAAUAUUCCAAAGCUUGUUCCAGGAUGGACAAAGCCAAUCAUAGUUGGACGCCAUGCUUUCGCAGACCAGUACAAAGCAACGGACUUUGUAGUACCAGGUGCAGGGACACUUGAGAUAAAAUUCACACCCUCUGAUUCAAGCCAGGAGACGUUGUCCUAUAAAGUUUAUGAUUUCAUGGGCGGUGGAGUUGCUAUGGGAAUGUACAAUACUGAUGAAUCUAUUAGAAAUUUCGCACACAGCUCGUUUCAAUGUGCUUUGGAGAAAGGUUACCCACUUUAUUUAAGCACGAAAAAUACUAUAUUAAAGAAGUAUGAUGGAAGAUUUAAAGAUCUAUUCCAAGAGAUUUAUGAAGCUACGUACAAGUCUCAGUUUGAAGCCAAAGAGAUCUGGUAUGAACAUCGUUUGAUCGAUGACAUGGUUGCUUAUGCUUUAAAGACUGAAGGUGGAUUUGUCUGGGCUUGCAAAAACUACGAUGGUGAUGUACAGAGUGACUCAAUAGCCCAAGGCUAUGGCUCACUUGGAAUGAUGACGAGUGUUCUGAGGUGCCCGGAUGGGAAAACAAUUGAAGCCGAGGCUGCACAUGGUACAGUAACGAGGCACUACAGAGUCCACCAGAAAGGUGGAGAAACGUCAACCAAUCCUAUUGCCUCCAUAUUUGCUUGGACGCAAGGGUUAGCUCACAGAGGAACACUUGAUGGCAACCAAAAGCUGGUCGACUUCGCCAAUAAGCUAGAGAAAGUUUGUAUUGAUACGAUACAGUCUGGCCAUAUGACAAAGGACCUUGCAGCCUGCAUUAAAGGAUUGGCAAACGUUAAAAGAGAAGAUUAUUUGUCAACAGUGGAAUUCCUGGAUAAACUUGCAGAGAAUCUUGCAAAACAAGUUAAGCAAAUCAACAAACUAUGAAAUAAGUUCCAUUUUUAAAGGUUAUGAAUAUAUAUGCGUAAAAGACGGUUUUGUGUAUUCUAGGUUAUUAGUUUUAAUUUACGAUAUUAUGAUACAGUAAAACCCCGCAAACAAGAACAUAGGAAAAUAAGAACCUACAGACUGAUUUUGUGGAAAAUAACACCCAAAGAUAAGAACCAAAAACAGACUGAUUUCUUUCCAUGUUCUUAUGAGAUUGUACAUCAUAUUAAAUAAAUCGUGAAAUUCUCAAAGUCAGAAAGUAUAGUUUUCAAGUCGUCAUUGUGGUUUGAUGAAUUGAUAUUCAGAGCCAUGUCAUUUUUUUUCAUUUUUUCAUAUUGUGAUUGAAAUUGGUUUCUCCCCAACAAAAUACCAUAUCCUCUACAAUUUGAAAUUCAGUCAGGCCAUUCUCAAAUCUAGUUACUUUUAUCUUGUGCAUCAUAGUUGUUUGUGUCCUUGCGAUAGAACCACACCCUGAAAAUAUCAUGAGUACCACAUUUAUAAGAACCUAGUCAGUCUGUUCUUUAGAAAAGUAGGUUCUUGUUUGCGGGGUUUUACUGUAUUGCCUUUUUAAAUCUUGUCAGACAUUUAUUUCCCAAGCUUUUUGUUACAAGAAUAUUUAAUCAAAAUCUAAAGUUAACUAUUUAAUGGCGAUUUUAAUUUUUAAUAUGGGAGUUAAACUGAUUUAGUGUGAUGAUAACUACGCAUCGAAAUCGA